AUGGAAGAUCAAUAUGUCGUUUUACUUGAAAGGGUUGUGGCUGAAAAUGUUCGUCUCAGAGAAGCGAUGGAAGCGCGAGACAACGAACAACGACGAAUGUUUGAGGAACUUGCUUCAAAAAUAGAGAGCUCUAACACUGAACCAGAAAGAUCAGGACGAUCGAGUAGGAAAAGAAGGAGGAAAAUCUCAGUCCCGCAGCAGUGUCGCGUAAGUAUAAAUAUUUCUGUUACUUUUCUGUUAUCAGAAAUACUUUGGAGCGACUGAUUGCGACCACGAAUUGUAAAUUCAAAGUUUAAGUUUACUUGCUCAUGCUCGAUUACUCGCUGGGUGACAAACAAAACACAGCGUGACAUGGAUUGAGCUUCGAUCUUCAUUUAUGUUCUCCGUUCUUUAGCGACAUUUGUGACAGUUUAUGCUAAGCGUUCGUUAGUUUUACGUUCGUUUGUAAGAUGUAAAAAUCAUAGCAAGGAAAAUUCUCACAUUAAGAUGGGACAAAGCCAUUCUCGACCCCAGAGCCCUUGUCUUUUAUCACGUGACCUUACGGCGACAAGGGCUCUGGGUAACUCUGCGCAGCCGUAGCCAAAAUCUGGCUAUAUGGGUUUCCCAGCGCAUGCUCGGGCAGUUGUGGUUUUAUGCAAAUUUAGAUUUGGCAGUUGUGGUUUUAUGCAAAAUUAAAUUUAGAUUUGGCAGUUGUGGUUUUAUCCAAAAUUAAAUUUUAGUUAUUAUUCUUGUGUUGCUAGUUAAGUUAAGCCAUUUUUUUCAAAGUACACGAACAAUGACGUACAGAAUGUGGCUUCUUUAAAUAUGAACAACAUACACAAGGAUACCGAAAAAAGAUUUUUUCUUUUGUAAUUGCAGCAAGACGUUAGAAAGAUGUACAAAGCCCUUUCACAGAAUGAAGAUUUUGAUGGCUUUAAGUUGGAUGAGAGGUAACAAUAGCCAUUAAAUACAAUCAUGUAUAUUGGGAGGCGUAUACAUGUAUACUGAGCAGGAGGUCUGUAUGGGAGAAUCUUGACCUUGGUCAUGAGUACAGACCUCACUGCGUUCAGUCUGUACUUCUGACGUCCUCGGUCAAGAUUCUCCCAUACAGACCUCCUGCUCAGUUAAGGUGGCCGAACAUAGUUUUCAGCGCGCGCUCUAAAGGCUUUGCUGAUGCUAGGCAGCGCGCGCACAAAGAUUACAAAAUAACAAACAUGGCGCCGAUAAAGCGAGGUUUAUUUGUUUUAUGCCUGUGAAGUAUGUGGUAUUUUCCUUCUUAAAAUGACACACACUGUGUCAGGUUUGAUCUUUUGUUGGACUGUUAUGAAAUAAAUAUUCAGCAUAUAAAAAAUCCAGCAUUUUUUUAGGAUAUUCGCCAUUAUGCCAGAAGCCAAUGAAUGCAUUGCCAUGGCAACAGCACACACGCCACCUUAACUAUCAAAAUACGAAAGCCCAUCCUUUUAUCCAAUAUCAUGCAAAGUUUGGAGACUUAGAGAUCAGUCGUUUUAGAGAAACGGUAAAUGGGGCGCAGGUAUCAUAUAAACUGUGUUCAGCCACCUUAAUAAGAGGUAAAUAUAAUAUAAAUAUACAAAUAAAUAAAUCCCAUUUUUACUUUUUUAGCUUUUUAGCAGAGGCUAACCAGACUGCCACCAAGACAAUUAUUGAGGCAGUCAUAGCUGAUCGUGGUGGCACUGAAAAUUGCCCCUGGUCUCCAGCUGAAAUGAAAGGUAACUGCACCUCCCCCUCUAUUUUAUAGUUUCUGGAACAGAGGUUCAAACCACACAUGUAAAACAUGGUUAAUUGAUGCCUCCGAGGGGGAAUGGACACAGUUUACUGGAAACUUCCCCUGUAUUACUUUUCCAUGUUUACCUGGUCUGUCCAUAAAGAAGUUCUCUCAUAUUGGAGAGGGAGGGGGUAUGAAAAUGUAGUUCUCAGGGGCUCAUAUCACCUGACAUAAUCUUUUUGGUGUCUUAUCUUCACAUCACUGUUAAAACAUCCAUUAUCAGCUGUUCUUUUUUAUUUAUAUCAGAUGGAAUUGGGUGUUGUCAACUGAAAUGAUCACACUAUUUAUAUUUACAUUGAUAAGUCACUCUAAGGGCUGUUGGCACAAUGUAGAACACAUUCUUUCUUUUCAAUGUAAAUUUCCAUUACUUGAACAUGUACUAAUAUCAAGGACAAUUUUUUCCUGUUAAGGGGCUGCUGCGACAUACUUAAAGAGUUUGUAUGAUGCUGCCAUGAGGGCAAAAAAGGGCAAGCUGGAGGCUCACAAAGAUCUCUGCCGAAGGCAGGGAAGGAUGAGAGAUGUAAGUUGUUUCCAUUAUGAUACACUUGUACAUGCAAUAACACAUUUAUAAAGUACUAAAAAUUACCAUGAUUAGUUUUUCCUUUUGGUUGCUAAGCAUAAACAACAUCCAGUAGCAUUACUGUUUACAAGAAUAUAUGUAAAUACAUGUACACACAAAACUUGCGUGUAAGAACCUUUAUUUGUUAAGUCCAACAAAAUAGAUUCUUGCAUUUAGGGAUAGUAAUUGAAAGUUCUUAAUUUUUAUGAAGAAAUUUGUUGUUGACUAUCAGAAAAUAAAUAAACAAACUCACCGGGUAAUUUCUAACACUGCAAUCUUACACCCAAACUUUAUCAUAAAUAAAUUUAACUGUAAGCCACUUAUGAGAACCUGCCUGACCUUUCCUGGCUAAACAGGUUCAUAUAUUUUAUAAAAUUGCAAUUUUUCUGCCAGUAGGUUCUUAAACCAGUAAGUUAUUUUACUCAGGUUUCUAACCGUAUCGUCAUGUUACAGAUACAAGCAUCUUUUGAAAGGAAACAAUUGGUGCUGCACUUGUUAACCUUGUGCUAUUUUGACUUUCCUAGAAAACUCAGAAGAGGCUGGUAACACUGAAGACCAUGCCCUGGUCAAAUGAGAAAAAGGCACAGGUUGAAGAAGCUGUAGGGAGCCUAGCGUACACAAGCUCAGAUGAGUCUGACUUUUCUGAGGAUGAAAGUGGUCAGAGCAAGUUAAGCAGAUACCUUGUCAAAAGGCUUCCAUGGGAGAGGACUUCUCUAACUAAAGCUAAGAGAGAGCUUGAUGAGGCUUAUUCCAGAAGCCUCGAAUCCAAAAGGGUACACCUGGUGACAAGACGCCCGCACCCAAUGCCAUCAACAAGACGCCGACCCACUGAGCCUCUAGAAUGGGCAGUCAGGGCUGAGAAUCCAGCCCCUACACCUGGCACCCGGCCAUCUUCAUCUACAUGUACUAGAACUCCAAGUCAUCCUACGCCAGCAGUUAUACCACCCACCAGCACCCGUCCUCCUUCAUCUGGAACUCCACCUACCCGCACCCGUCCUCCUUCAUCUGGAACUCCACCUACACGCACCCAUCCUCCUUCAUCUGGAACUCAACCUACCCGCACCUGUCCUCCUUCAUCUGGAACUCCACCUAACAGCACCCAUCCUCCUUCAUCUGGAACUCCACCUUCCCGUACCCGUCCUCCAACAACUGGAAGUCCACCCACCCGCCCUUCUCCUUCAUCUUGUCCAGCAAGAACUACAACUCCAUCCCCCAGUACCAGUUCUGCCCGUCUGCCAGCAACAGUGACGCCAUCCCCCAGCACCCUUUCUUCAAGAUCUGGAACUUCAUCCCUCUUACCUGACUGUAGCUCCACUCCCAAGACAUCCAAACCAAAAAAAACUUUAAAGUCAAAAAAGGACGUGGCCCAUAGGCGUUCUGCUUCGCCAGCUUAUUGA